CGAGAGAGAGAGAGAGAGAGAGAGAAAGAGAGAGAGAGAGAGAGAGAGAGAGAGCAAUAUGUCAAUGGAGGUGUAUAAGAGAGCAAAGCCAUACUUGGCAAUGAUUUUGUUGCAGUUUGGGUAUGCGGGUUUGGGUAUUAUAUCCAAGUUUGGUCUAAACAAAGGGAUGAGCCUUUACACCUUCGCUGUCUACCGGAAUGCUGUCGCCGCUCUUGUCUUUGCUCCCUUUGCUCUCCUCUUUGAAAGGAAAGUAAGGCCAAGGAUGACCACUUCUAUCUUCUUGAAGAUAAUGUUACUGGGCUUGUUGGAGCCUGUGAUAGACCAGAACUUGUUCUAUACUGGGAUGAAGUACACAACAGCUACUUUUGCCACUGCCAUGUGUAACAUUGUUCCUGCCAUAACUUUUCUAAUGGCUUGGAUACUCAGGCUUGAAAAGGUUAAUCUGAGGAGCUCACAUAGCCAGGCUAAGGUGGUGGGGACAUUUGUAACUGUUGGAGGAGCAAUGAUUAUGACAUUAAUCAAAGGAGCACUAAUUGGAUUGCCAUGGACCAAAAUGAAAAGCCAUGGUCCAAUAACUAAUACAUCAACUUCUGCAAACCAACAAGACCUCAUCAAGGGUUCUCUCAUGAUCACUGCAGGUUGUUUCUGCCGGGCUGCUUUCUUCAUUCUGCAAGCAAUCACAUUGAAGUCAUACCCAGCAGAACUCUCUCUCACCACUCUGAUAUGUAUGUUGGGUUCGUUGCAAGGAACUAUAUUGACCCUCCUUGUCGAAAGGGGCAACAAGGCCAUAUGGUCCUUGAGUUGGGAUACUAAACUCAUAUGUGCACUUUAUGGUGGAAUAAUCUGUUCCGGAGUUGGUUAUUGUAUUUUUGGAGUAGUAAUGAAGGAGAAAGGACCCGUUUUUGUAACUGCAUUCAGUCCUCUAAGCAUGGUUAUUAUUGCCAUCAUUGGCUCUUUUGUUUUAGCUGAGCAAACACAUGUGGGAAGUGUUGUUGGAGCAAUUGUCAUAGUGAUCGGCUUAUAUCUUGUAAUAUGGGGAAAAAGCAAAGAAGAACAUUCAUCUAAAUCAGACAAUGACCAAAGAGUGUCAUUUGAUCAACAUGAUUGCAUGAAUCAUAACACAGAGACUGAGACUUCAGAUCCUGAAUUUGUUAAGGGUAUUACCAGAGUGGUGCCUAAGGAUGAAGUUGUUUGAAGAGCCAAACAAAACAAAUAAAAUGUAUGUAUGUAAUUUGAUUUUGUUUUUUUAAACGAGGUACAAGUUCUAUAUAUGCAACCUUAAUUUUCAUAUGGUUUCUUACCUUUUCGUUCCCUUUUUGAGUAACUCCCUCCAAAGUUUGUGUCAAUGAACCUUAGCAAGUUGGAGAGUUUUAAUUUUUGAGGUAGGAUUGUAAAUGAUUCAAUUGAGCCAAAUAGCAGGUUGUUUAAGUUUGGCUUCAAAGUUUAUUAAGUUUCGAAAUA